AUUUCCACAAUCCGAAUCGCGCCACCAAGAAACCAAAAACCGUGGUAGGGUUGGGAACCAGGGGCGAGCACGGGAGGCCAGUUAUCCUUCUACUUUUCAAUUGACAUGCUUCCUUGACACAAUAUGACUUGAAAUUCGGGGCUCUAUGACUCUCCGUCGGCCAUCCUACAAUGAAUCCACGCGAUCAAUACGUCUUGGUGACGGGCGCCAACAGUGGCCUCGGACUAGGUGUAUGCUGCCGACUCAUUGACGACUUCCUCUCGCAACGCAACGGCGAGGGGGAUUUGACGAUUAUUUUCACCACACGCAGUGCACGCAAAGGGAGCGAGACAUUAGCGACCUUACAGAACCAUCUAGCGCGAUCUCGCCGCUCGAGAAAAACCUCACGUCAAAUCCAUUUCCGUCCAGAGAACGUCGAGCUGACAAACCUGCUGUCCGUGCGGGCACUGGCUCGUCGCUUGCUGGCUUCAGACAUACCGUACUUAAACUCAAUUGUGCUCAACGCUGGUAUUGGCGGGUGGUCCGGCGUGAACUGGCCGGUGGUGAUUUGGAAGGUCAUGACGCAGAUCAGACAGGCAACGACAUGGCCGUCAUUCAAAAUCGGAGUGGCAGGAAUGGUCGCACCACGACAAAUACCAGGUGACCAGCCUGAACCACCUUUAGGAGCGGUCUUCUGUGCCAAUGUCUUCGGCCACUAUCUACUUGUGCACUGGGUGAUGGCACUACUUCGAGCCUGCUCGCCUGAUUCACCGGGCAAAAUCAUCUGGGUUUCAUCAAUCGAGCCUGAAGCUCAUCACUAUAACCCGGACGACCAUCAAGGUCUCACUACCGAUGCCGCCUACGAACACUCGAAACGCCUGACCGACGUCCUUGCCCUCACAGCUAAUGACACCCCAGCUACAGCAGCAUACGUCCAUGAAUUCUCCACAUCGCCAUCGCCAUCGCUGUCAGAGAAAGAAUCAGCUGGACGCGUCGCCAGACCUGACCUAUCGUCACCGAUAUUUCACUUGGCUCACCCAGGAAUCUGUACAACUGCGAUCAUCGCCCUCUACUGGAUUGUGUUUCAGGGCUAUAUACUAGGAAUCUACCUUGCUCGAUGGUGCGGGUCUCCAUGGGCCAAUGUGUCAAGCUACAACGGAGCAUUGAGUCUAUCGUGGCUAGCACUGGCCAGUGCUUCGGAUAUCGAGCUCGCCAAACAUGAUGCUACGGGUAGCGAUAAGGGAGAGAUCAAAUGGGGAUCUGCCACAUCGCGGCUGGGUUCCAACACCCUCCAUCCAACUGACGUCCAGGGCUGGGGUCUCAAUGGCUCAGGCCUGCCAUUCAAGGAUACUUGGUGGGCUGGGCACGUUGGACGUAAAUCAGGCGCCACUGAUGCAUCCAAGGAAGACGUUGAGCAGUUUAUUGCUUCUGGAGUCGGGAUUUGGAAGGAGAUGGAAUCAAUGAGAAAGGACUGGGAGGCGCGCAUUGAGGCUUACGAAGCUGAAGAGAAAAGCAAAAAUAAUGCGAAGUGAGGGUGCUGAAGAAGCUGUUCAGCACACAGAGACCCGUCACAAGCUACUGUAAAAUAAGUCUCAGUGAGGAUAGAUAUUUGGUAUACACAAUCGAUUUCAAUCCUUGGUGACAACCUGCUCCAGCUCUGGCUUUUCCUUAUCCUUGUCAUCAUCCUCUUCAUCGUC